AUGCCCGUCGCUCCUAUUGUUGGCAAGCUCCGAAAGAGGUUGAUCACUGACCUUACCGCCGGUCUCGGUCUCGGUACCGCUGGUGGCUACGCCUUCUGGUACACCGUCCACCUCCCCAUGAUGAAGAAGAGGGACGACUACUACCUCAAGCUUGAGCAGGCUCGAUCCGGUUAA